AUGUCGGAUCUUCCCCAUUUUCGUGUGAACGCCUCAUCUGUAUUCGUCCAUGUAGGAGUUGACUUCGCUGGCCCCUUCAAUACGAAGUGCAGCUCACUCAAAAAACCGAGAGUGUAUAAGGGCUAUCUUGCAUUGUUCAUAUGCUUAGCGGUGAAAGCUGUUCAUUUGGAAUAUGUAUCGGAGCUGACCACUGAAUCGUUUCUUGCCGCUUUCGAUAGAUUCACAUCCCGUAGAGGCCUACCUUCUCAUGUAUACUCUGACAACGGAUUGAACUUCGUUGGAGCUGCUAAAAAAUUAUCAGAUAUCUCGAAUUUCUUGGCUGACAGUAAGACUGACAUUUUUAAAGCUCUUGUACAACGUGAAGUAACCUGGCACUUCAAUCCACCUAGCACACCCAAUUUCGGCGGUAUUUGGGAAGCAAAUAUUAAAUCAGCGAAAACACUGUUGAAAAUUCAAAUUGGUGAUAAUCCAAUGACAAUGGAGGAAUAUUUCACAGUGCUCUCUCAUAUUGAAUCAAUUAUGAAUAGUCGUCCUCUAUUGGAGCGUUCACAGGACCCCAACGAGACUUCACCUCUGCUGACACCCGGUCACUUUCUUAUCGGCCGACCGUUGCUACAAGCUGUGGAGAUCCCACUGGAUACUACCACCCCCGUACGGCAGCGAUGGACUCAUCUACGCCGAAUUGUGCAGACGUUUUGGAAUCGAUGGAGUACAGAAUAUCUACAUACGCUUAUGCAGCGAAACAAGUGGAAAACCCACUCAGAACCCUUGAAAGUGGGUCACAUAGUGCUUAUCAAGAACACGAGUACCGCGCCCACAUUGCGGCCUCUAGGCAUAGUCGAACAAAUAUUUCCCGGACAAGACCAAGUAGUAAGAGUGGCAUUGAUUCGCACCGCCUGCGGCCACCUCACACGACCUGUAAACAAACUCAUAGUGUUGCCAAUAGCUUAA